AUCUGUGUGUAAUGUUAUGACUUUUAAAUACCUGUCAAAAUCACGUUUGAAUUUUUAAGGUUACCUUUAUAUUUUGCUAAAGUAAAAAAAAUACUUGUAAACGUAAUUUACUUAUUUAAUAAACUUCUUACAAUAUGUCGAAGAAAAUCAAAUCUAUGAAAUGGCAAACAGUAGCGCUUGAGGGCUUUCCUAUUGCUAAUUCUGACAAAUUCGAAGGAUUCGUGGGCUUAGAAGAAUGCACCGACUACGGCAUGGACAAGGGAAGCAAAACACCUAAAAAGAAUAAAUCCCCAAAGAAAAGAAAGGCGUCUGAAUAUAAAAACAUAGAAAAAGAGAAUGCUGUGCCAAAUAAGAAAAUCAAGCUCAGUAAUGGUUUUAUAGUAGAAUCUUGUGAAACUGUAACUCCAUCCUUAACAAAUGAUGUUGAAAAGCCCAAGAAAAGAAAUAAUAAACGAAAAAAUAAAAAGAAUAAGAAAAAUUCUACUGUGGAACAAAAGCCAGAUAAUGAUAUAAAGAAUGAGAAAAUUCAAAGAAAACCCAAUGAUUCAAAGAAGCAAAAAAUUAAAUUGGGUGAAACUCAAAAUGAAAGUAAUACCACAUUAACUCCAGAAGAUAUGCUGUCAUGGGCUGAGUUUAAAUUACCCGAAGAAAUAAUAAAAGCAUUGAUGGAAUUAGGUUUCAAACAACCAACUAAAAUACAGCAGUUGUCACUACCAGCUGCUAUUCAUGGUAGGCGAGAUAUAUUAGGUGCAGCCGAAACUGGUAGUGGAAAAACAUUAGCAUUUGGUCUUCCAAUAUUAACAGGCAUACUAAAGCUAAAAGAAAAAGCAUCACUCAAAAAUCUAGAUGUAUAUGAUAUACCAUUUAAAAAGCCUUCAGCUAAAAAACAAGCCAAAACCGAAGAUAAGGAUAAACAUAAGCAGAAGAGAAAAGGAAAUAAGAAAAAAGAUUUACAGGAGCAAAAAGAAAAUAAUAAAGAUUCUUCUGAAGACGGUUAUGGCAGCGGCCAUGAUAGCAAUGAAGACAGUGCUGAAGAAAAUGAUGCUACUAAUGAAGGUGUUGACGAUAUGAAUGAUUACACUAAUGAAAGUAAUGACAGCGGUGAUGACAAUAAUGACAGUGAAGCAGAUAAUGAUUCAAGUGAUGACUUCAUUGAAGAAAUAGAUGUGCCACUAAAGAAAAAAAGAGAGGAAUCAGCAGAUGAAGGCAAUGACAGUGAUAGUGAAUAUGUACAUUUGUCUGAAAUGUUGGAUUCUGAUGAUUUAGCGUCUAGUGAUGCUGAAGGUGAUGAUGAAGAUGAUGAUAAUUUGAGUAAUGAUGAACAGGAUUGUGUUGUUGAGGUGGAUGCUGAAAGAACAGGUAAUGUGUUAGAUGUAGACUAGAAGU